CAAUUGUAUUUAUAAUAAAAUGUAGGUGACAGUGAGCUGAUGUUAAAACCACAAAGGUAACACUUGCAUAGUUCACACUUUACAUGACACAAUUAAUUUGCCAUAAUGGCCACGACAAAAGAGUCAAUAUAUCCCCAUUUUUUUUUGAGGAAAACUCAUCCUAACCACAUUUAAGACAUGAUAACUUGUAAUUGACUUAUGUUACCAUAUUUUCUUUUCGUUUGUUGUAAACUCAGUUUAAUUAAUGUAAUUUCAACCCUUUUCAAAAUAAAAAAAAAAAACAAAAAAAACUUACAAACAAAUUAUACAAGCUUUGGUGUGAGAAGAUAAUAUUUGAGAAAUGGAAGUGUAAAGAUAAACUAAUAAUCCGUACUUUUAAAACAGGUUUACUCUAAACCCUUAAAAGGUCUACCCAUCCCAUAAUUGGACUAUCGUAUAAAGACUCAGCCCAUUUAUUUAUUAGACGGAUCUAACCCAUUAAUAACUGUGGCAGGGUCAUGGCUUUUAAUAGGGAUCCAAGGCGUCCAACCCAUUGAAUUGCUCUAUUGAAGCGCAUUCAACGUUCUCCAUUGAAGCGCAGUUGCCGUUCUCCGUUGAAUCUAGUUCUUGUAUCCCCCAUUGAAGCAGCUUCUGAGUUGUAUAUAAAAUGGCAAAACAAGCUCCUACUCUGUUUCUUGAAGACUGGCUUAGGAGCAGUACCAGCAACAGCAAUGGAAGCAAAAACACCUCCGGAAACUCUGCUAUUUCAUCAGCACAAAUGAUCAUCCAGGCAUGGGCUGAGCUCAGGGAUUGUCUCCAGAAGGGAAUCUUUCAUCCUCGUCACCUUCAUUCUCUUAAAUCCCUAGUUAAUUCACAAGCCUCAUUAUAUGUGGCCGACCCACAAGCAAAAGUCCUCAUUUCUAUCCUUUCUUCUUCUAACAUUUCUCUUCCUAAUGAUUCACUGCCCCUUAUCCUGAGACUUUUAUAUGUAUGGGUGAGAAAAUCAUCCAAGCCGUCGUUAGCACUGAUGGAUUCGGCUGUGAAUGUGAUUGCUCAUAUAUUAUCUGACCAGUUUGAUGCUGAGAAAAGUGUUUCUUUAUUUGUGGAAGGCAUUCUUUUUGUUGGUGCUUUCUGUUCAGUCCCUUCUGUGACUGAAAACACCAAAAUCAUUUGCUUGAAGCUUGUUUGUAGUAUGCUGGAGGAACAAUAUCAGUUGAUUGGUUCAGUCGGUGAGCUCAUUCCUGAUGUACUUGCAGGGAUUGGGUAUGCUUUAUCCUCUUCUGGAGAAGUUCACUUUGUUAGGCUGUUAAAUUUUCUGUUAGGAAAUUGGGUUUAUAUAGAGAAACCACAUGAUGUAUCUCAUGCAUUGGUUGUUUUGCAUUUGAUAGAAUGGGUUGUGUACAGAUUCAUUAGUUCUAGUGCUUUGGAGAAAAUUAGGAUCUUUAGCAGUGAAGUAAUUGAAAACCCCAAGAAAAACUAUGCUAUUUUUGCUGUCCUCAUGGCCACAGCUGGUGCUCUAAGAGCAUCUAAUAGACCUGUGAAGCAGGGAGAGUGGUUGAAUAUUGUUACUAGAUUAAGGAUUUCAGCAGAAGCUAAAAUUGAAGCUAUAGCAUCAAACCUGAUUUCAGAUAUAGGAUCCCCGAGUAACAUUAUUGUUGAAGAUGCUGAAUUCGGAUUUCUCCUCCAUUGCCUGUCAUUGGCUGCAUCUCGAAGUGGUGGUUUGAGUUCAUCAAGAGGAUCGCUACUACUAUCACUUGCUCUAGCCUUGCUGAUUGAAGUCCUUCCCUUGAGAAGAUUUUAUAGCAAGAUCCUUGAAUAUCCGAUUAGCAAUCUUGAGGGUUUAAAUCCAAUCUAUGUGAAGAAUCAUCAAGACAGCAUUCUUUUCAAGGAAGCAGGGGCAGCAACUGGUGUUUUCUGCAAUCUUUAUGCAUCUGCAAAUGAAAAAGAUAAGUGUAGAGUUGAGGAUCUAGUUUGGAGUUUCUGUCAUGACAUUUACUUGGGGCAUCGGCAGGUGACCUUGCUGCUGCAAGGCAGGUCAGACCAAUUGCUUAAUGAUUUGGAGAAAAUAGCUGAAUCAGCUUUCUUGAUGGUUGUAGUCUUUGCAUUAGCCGUUACGAAAAACAAAUUGACUUCAAAAUUCUCAAGGGAGAUACAGAUGGAUUGUUCUGUCAAAAUUCUGGCCUCAUUCUCCUGUAUGGAGUAUUUCCGGCGCAUACGGCUUCCUGAAUAUAUGGAGGCAAUCAGAAGUGCAGCCACAAGUGUGCAAGAGAACAAGAUUGCCUGUAUCUCUUUUGUCGAAUCCUUUCCUUCUUACGCUGACCUGACAAACCCUCAAGGAUUUUGUCAUCUGCAGAAUGGGAAUUAUGUAUGGUCCAAAGAUGAAGUACAGACGGCAAGGAUCUUGUUUUACCUGCGGGUUAUUCCAACUUGCAUCAGCCAUUUGCCUAGUGAUGUGUUCCAAGAAGUGGUUGCUGCCACAAUGUUUUUAUAUUUGGGGCAUCCUAAUAACAAAGUAGCACGGGCCUCACAUAUAGUGUUUUCGUCUUUUGUUACUUCUGAAAAUGAAUCCUCUCAGAUGGAGAGGUCCUUGUUGAAGGAGCAACUUGUUUUCUAUUACAUGAAGAGAUCCCUUGAGGCUUAUCCGGGUAUUACACCAUUUGAUGGUCUGGCUUCUGGUGUUUCUGCAUUGGUUCGACAUCUUCCUGCUGGGAGCCCAUCCAUAUAUUAUUGCGUACACAGUCUUGUUGAAAAGGCCAAUGUGUUAUGCGGAGAAGUUAAGAAUAUUAAAGAUUCUGAAUGGUGGAAGAACUGGCAAGGAGACUCAGAGCCCUGCAAGAAAAUCAUAGAGCUUCUUAUGCAGCUGAUAACCUUGGUGGACAUACAGGUACUACCAGAAUUGAUGAAGCUGUUGGCGCGGCUAAUUAUCCAAUUACCAAAAGAUGGCCAGAAUAUGGUACUCAAUGAAUUGUAUGCCCUUGUUGCAGAAUCUGAUGAUGUAACCAGAAAGCCUACAUUAGUUUCAUGGUUACAAUCGCUAUCUUACCUCUGUUCUCAACCCACUACUACAAACGAAGCAUGCACAGAGGUUCCAAGUGCCAAUUCAUUAAUCUUGCAGAAUGUUACUGCACGAUUAUGAUCGAUUAAGGUUUGUAGGAAUACAAUUCAGAUAUGAACUGGAAUGUCAUGAAGUCGCUGAGUUUUCUCCACGUUGAGCCCCCCAAAUGUCUCCUCCAUAUCCAUCUCAUUGGUAAAACCCCAUCUUCUAGCUUCCAAUCAAAUACAUGAAUUAGUGAUCCCAUUAUCAAAGAGACCAUUCGAUUAGCCAAUGGCAACUCAGGACAGAUUCGACAGCCAGCAUUAAAUGGAAUCAGCUCAAAAUCACGGCCCUUGACAUCAAUAUCUGAUCCCACAAAUCUCUCUGGCUCAUAUAAAGUGGGAGUCUCCCACAAGGUUAAAUCUCUCUCCCGAUGACCCAUACAUUUAUCAGUACUUGUGCGUUUUUGGGGACAUUAAAGUCGAAGAGCUGCACAUCUGUAUCUGCUUUUUUACGCAGCAGAAGUGGCACUGGUGGGUGCAGUUUCAAGGUUUCCUUGAUGAUUGCUUGCAAGUACAGUAGCCGAGGAAUGUCAGUUUCUUCUACUAAAUUUCCCUUUCCAAUGAUUUCUUGGCGCUCCAUUUGUGCUUUCUUUAGCUUUUCUGGGUUGUGCAACAAUUCUUCCAUUGCCCAUUCAAGGGUUGAUGUUGUGUCAAUUCCUGCAGAAAAUAAGUCCUGCAGAGAAGGGACGUCAAUUAUUUUUGAAAUUAAGCUACAAAAAUAUCUCAAUAAAGUUUAUUGAGAGAGAUACAGCAGAUGACCAGGUCGAUCUUUUGCAGGAAAGGAAGAUAGUCUGCAAAGUUGGUUUUCCCAACUUCUUUCAACAGGCCUCGUAUUGUCUCUCGAAAUUCAUGAGCAAUUUUCGAACUAGGAUCACCCAUAUCAACUGAAAAACAAAAAGUAUUUGAUAGCAAAUUGAGGGUAGUGGUGAAUGUUGCUUGGCCAAUGUUUACUGCUAUACGGUCAUCGCCAAUCUUCUCCACAUAGAAUAUACAGUAAGAUCUUUGAUCUUAUUUCUUCGAAGUCUUUGGCUAGCAUUCUGUCCGCUGGCAGAAUAAAACUUGGGAAUUACAUAUUUUGCGUAGAUUUCUCCAUCAGAUGAUGCUGAGCCUGCUGGCAACCAAGCUACUGAAUUUUUAUUGUGGUUGAGUGCACGAACAGCAUCAAUGUGGCGGCUGGAGAAAGAAAUAUAAUUCUUUUGAAGGGCCUCUUUUGCCACAGCAGCUGAAGGAAUGAUCACUGUAGGCACUUGGCCGAGCUGCAUCAUCAUCCAUAUUUGCUGGCAGAUUUUGUCAAGGAGACAUGCGGGUUGGAGUCAAGGCUAAAAAGGUUCCGAAGAUGGGUAAAGGCGGCGGCCCUGGUGGUAGUUUUGAUUCAUUGCCCUGCAACCCAUGCUAAUACAACACAGGACAGAAUUCAGGCUAUCCGUGGCACCUCUAAAGUACAAUAUUGUCUUUACAGGAAGUAUAUUAUUUGACUUGGUACAAUGGUGUGGUACAUGAGUUAUUUUUUUAUCUCCCUCCCUCAACUUCUAAAAUGAGUGAAUGGUUUAAAUUCCUUCUAAAUUGUUUUCUAAAUUGAAUUUUUUUCUUUCUUUUUUGGCUUGUUUGUCAAAAACCACAACCUGUUAUAAAUUUCCAUUACUGCCUAAAACCAUAGACUUUUAGGACUUUGGUUAGCAAAAGUACAUGCAGUCUCUAAUACUACAGAGUACAUUUAUUACCGUGGACA